UAUCAGUUACUAAGGACCAUAAACGGAAAUCGGCGAGAGAAGCGAUGAGGUCGCUAUGGACGAUCUGUCAACUGUACACCAUGGGGACAAGACAAGCAGAAGCGAGAAAUUAGACACGGAAAGGCAGCAGAGCAAGAAAUGGGGCAUUCCACGCGAGGAACCGUGCGGAGUAGAAUCUGACCAUCCUCCUGCACAGGGUCAGACAGAGCAAGCGGGAUUUCUUGCGUUGAAACGUACUGUGGACAGACGCUUCGAGUGUACGGAAUGUGACUAUAGGGCAGCCAAAAAGGUUAAACUAUCGAGACACACAAGAAAAUAUACUGGCGAGAAACCUUAUAAGUGCGACAUUUGCGACUAUUCUGCUGCACAGAAAGACCAUUUAGAGUCACACAUGGAAAACCACACCAGCGAAAAACGCUUCAUGUGUGUGGAGUGCGGAUACAGAACUGCUCACAAGUCUCACCUAACCGCACAUAUGAGAACACAUACAGGCGAGAAACCUUACAAGUGUGACCAGUGCGACUAUUCCGCUACGCAUAAAUCUCAGUUGGAUAGACACAUGGCUAAACACACCGGCGAAAAAAAAUUAAUUUGUGGAGAGUGCGGGUACAGGACGGCUGACAGGUCUUCCUUAACCGUACAUAUGAGAACACAUACAGGCGUGAAACCCUAUAAAUGUGACCAAUGUGACUAUUCCACUGCUCAGAGAGGAAACUUAGACCGACAUAUGGCUAAACACACCGGCGAAAAACCCUACAUCUGCGGAGAAUGUGGAUAUAGGUCGGCUGACAGGUCUGCGUUAAAAUCACAUAUGGUUAAACAUACAGGUGUGAAACCCUAUACAUGUGACUAUUGCGACUAUUCUGCUGCACGGAAAUUUCAUUUGGAUCGACACAUGGCUAAACACACCGGCGAAAAGCCCUUCAUGUGUGGAAAGUGCGGAUAUAGGGCUGCUGACUUGUCUUACUUAACCGUACAUAUGAGAACACAUACAGGCGAGAAACCCUAUAAAUGUGACCAAUGCGACUAUUCUGCUACAAGGAAAGAUUACUUAGAGAAGCACUUGAUCAAACACACUUCUUAGGGAUAUACUUGACGGUUACGGAUACAGGACGGUUGACAUAACUAAACUAUCCGGACAAAAGCAAAAAAUUAGAGGCAAAGAUUCAAAACAAAAAUAUGAUCAGUGCAACAAUUCUGCUUCUUGGAAAAGUCAUGGGGUUGUGGAGCGUUAGUAGCCAUUGCGACGUAAAUAAGCUGUGGCUUGAAAUGCUAAGUAGUCAUUGACUUUUAGUCAUAUUUCGUACAUCAUUUCAAACGUUAGAUUAUAUUCAUUUCAUGUUUAUUAUCAUUUAUAUUACGAGUAGUAGUAGUAGUAAUAGCAAUAUAUCAUGAUAUUUAUCUGUACCUGCAUUACAGAUGUACCAGUAUGCAAUACCAUGCAUUAGUGGUUAUGAUGUAGUCAAUAAGAACAUUCUUAUUAUGUUACCUUCACAGAAGGGAACAUAUUGUUUUGCUUUGUUUCUUCUUCUCCGCACAAAUAAGGUCAAUGACUUGGACCAGACGGCUGCCACCAUGAUAACCGGUAAAGUAGCAGGCACCAUGUGGUGUUCGGUUACAUAAUGUAGCAAAUGUCAGAUCUAGAGGGG